UCCCCGCUGCCCCGUGCCAACGCGCAUCCCUGCGCGCGUGCGCGCGCGUGUACAUGCGUGUGCGUGCGUGUGCCAGGCAAGGACUACGAGAACGCGGUGAAGCUGUACAGCAGCGCCAUCGAGCUGAACCCCUGCAACGCCAUCUACUAUGGCAACCGCAGCCUGGCCUACCUGCGCACCGAGUGCUACGGCUACGCGCUGGCCGACGCCACGCGCGCGCUGCAGCUCGACGGCAAGUACGUCAAGGGCUACUACCGGCGCGCGGCCAGCAACAUGGCCCUGGGCAAGUUCAAGGCUGCUCUGCGGGACUACGAGAUGGUGGUGAAGGUGAGGCCCAACGACAAGGACGCCAAGCUCAAGUACCAGGAGUGCCACCGCAUCGUCAAGCAGAAGGCCUUCGAGAGGGCCAUCGCCAGCGACGAGCACAAGCGCUCCGUGGUGGACUCGCUGGACAUCGAGAGCAUGACCAUCGAGGACGAGUACAGCGGCCCCAAGCUGGAGGACGGCCGGGUGACCUUGGCCUUCAUGAAGGACCUGAUGCAAUGGUACAAGGACCAGAAGAAACUCCACAGGAAAUGUGCCUACCAGAUCCUGGUGCAGGUGAAGGAGGUGCUGGCCAAGCUGCCCACCCUGGUGGAGACCACGUUGAAGGAGACGGAGAAGGUGACGGUGUGCGGGGACACGCACGGGCAGUUCUACGACCUGCUGAACAUCUUCGAGCUCAACGGGCUCCCCUCCGAGGCCAACCCUUAUAUUUUCAACGGGGACUUCGUGGACCGCGGCUCCUUCUCGGUCGAGGUCAUCCUGACGCUCUUUGGCUUCAAGCUGCUCUACCCUGACCACUUCCACCUGCUCCGAGGUACUGCCAGGGCCUGGGGGGCGCGGCCCGGGCCCCCCCGGCUGGGUCUGGGGGG